AUGAUAGAUAAAUUAGACAUCUUUGGUAGUUAAAUCUUUCUAAGAUUUAACAAAUAACAAACAUAUAACACAAGAUUAGGCUCAUACUUUACCCUCAUAAUAUAUGUACUUAUCUCUUACAGGCUAUUUGGAUUAAUUGUAGAUCUAGUUUAAGGAAAUAAUCCUGAGGUUAUCUACAACGAAAGAUAAGUUGAUGAUCCGGCUAUAUUUAAUGCGUCAAGCAAAAAUUUUCCUUUAGCAUUUGGAACUGAAAAUCCUAAAGAUUUCAAUCACUUUAUUGAUGAAAGCAUUUAUACAAUCACUGCUUUUUGGAACUAAAAACUUUUAACUUUCGAUGAGACUACCUAGUAGUAUAUCUCGACUUGGUAACAAAAUAGCAUAAAUGUUUAACCUUGCACAAUUGAAAAUUUCUAAAAUCUUGAAAACUAAAAAUACUAUCUUCAGCUUAACUAUACUAAUAUGUAUUGUCUUCCUCCCGAUUUUGAAUUGCCAAUUUAAGGGGACUUUCCUUCUAAAGUUUAUUCAGAAAUUCAGAUUACAGUGAAGAAGUGUACUAAAAAUUGUUAAUCUUAAGAAAUUUUAGACAGUUUUCUUUAAAAGUCUAAUUUUGGUCUUUAGCUAUCUGAUUCCUAUGUAGAUCCAACUAUUAGUAACAAUCCAUUCAAAAUUUACUCCAGAGAUAUGUUUUGGUCUACUAGUACUGAGCUCCCAAAAGAUGUGUAUAUUUACAUCCGUAAUAAUUAUGUUUACAGCGAUUUCGGAUGGUUUUUUCCUAAUGUGGAAACUUAAAGAUUUCCUGCUUAUAGUUUUUCUGAAAACUAUGAAUAUCCUCCAUCAUUUUAGGAUUAUUUUCUUACCAUUCGUUUCAGAUUUGAAAAGCAAAAAGAGAGUGUCUAUAAAAGAUCAUAUAGAAAAUUCAUUUCUAUUUUUUCUGAAAUUGGAGGAUUUACUUAGAGUUUUCUUGCAAUUGGAUAUGUGCUUUGCAAAAAAGUAUCGCAGACAAAGUUAGAUAUUGACCUUAUUAACAAAGCAUUUAAAUUUGAAGAGAAUUUAAAAAGUAAAUAAUAAAAUGAGGAAAAAGAAGCAAAUGAAACAAAACAUGAAUAACAAAAACAGGGAAAUAAAAAAAAGCAUAAAAAGUCAAAAUAAAAUUUAGAAAAUAAAAGCAGCUCAAAAGUUAGUUUUAACACUAGUAAUGAUAAUUUGAGAAAAAAUAAUUUAUAAAACUUUUGUUUAAAAAGUUAAAUAAAUGAAAAUGCUUAAAAACAAGUUCUCCUGGAAAGACCCCCAAAAAAAAACCUUAUUUAUUAGGAGUAAAAAUCUGAUAAAAUUUAUUGCAAUUUAAAUGAAUAAGAUGCAGUUUUGGAAUAAAAGGAAAACAAAAAAAGCAAUUAAUUAAAAAUUUCUUAGCUGAUGAUGAGCUAUUUUCAAGAUUAGAGCACAAUAUUAAAAAAAUCAGUUGGGGUAACAGAUUAGUAAAUUAAUAACUUAUAAAACAAAGGGUUUUCUGAAAAAGAAUAAGAUAAAAGCAAAAAAUAAGUUGAGGAUAAGUUCAAAAAGCAAUUUGAUAAUUAAAUGAAUUCUAUGUAGCUUAGCAUUUGGUAGUAUUUUAAAUCAAGCAUCUUUUGUUAUUUUAGUAAUUUUUACAGGAAGUAAAAAUAUAUAAUAAAUUAUAGCAGAGAAAAGCUUUAUUAUAACAUUGAUAUAUUCAACAUUAUCCAUAAAUUAAAUGAAUUAGAAAAGUUAAAAAGACUAAUUUUUGAUCAAGACCAGCUCAAAUUGUUUGACUACUUGCCUAAGCCCACCAUCUAAACUGAUAUUUUUAUGAAAUAAAAAGAUAAAAAACAAAAUAUAGAAAUUGAUUUGCUUUAUCAAGAUAAUAGAUCAGAAUUAUAAAAGGCCUGUGAAAGUUUUUAAGCCUACCAAAAUAUAGCUUAUAAAAGUGAUUAAUCCACUUUAGAUCAAAAACUAAUCAACUAACUUGAUCCUGCUCUUAAAAGAAUGUUCAAAUAGCUAAACGAAAAAUCAACAGUAUUCUAAAAUUAAAUAUCAUAAAAUGAAGAAAGUAAAACAACAUCUUUUUAAAAUUUAACUGCUUCAAUGAAAUAAUCAAUAAACUUAUCAAAUUAAAACUAAAAUAAUAAUUUAAGCAAGCUUGGAAGAGAUAAAAAUUCUUUUAGACUCAUUUUAAGCCCUUAAGCAUCAUCUAAAAGUAAUAUAACAACAUUCAAGUGUAAUUAAUUUGAAUAAUAAUAAUAAUUCAAUCGCAUAAAAGAUUAACAACCCAAAAAACGAGACAAUCAAAAUCAAUAAUUUAGCAAUUAAACUUAGGAGAGUUAAAUUUAAGAAGAUGAAUUUGAAGAAAUAUAUCAAAAUAAUAAAAAAAAGAGGUUGAAUACUUUUGUAAGUAAAAUGAAUUAACUAUCUUAAUUAUGA